CUAUUGUCUGCAUACUUUUUCUUCUCUGCCGUCCCUGGUAGCACAAGCCCCUAGUAUAUGGGGUUCCGAUGAUCGUUCUCGAUUCUGAUGUCUCAUCCGACUGAUUGUGUUAACCAUCUGUUCGCCGCUCGACUGUCGUCCUUUAUUUUACAUCCGUCCCAGCGCUCCUUGGCUGUACAAUUCUUCAUUCCUCGGACCGUCGCUGUCUUAUGCUGUCAGAUUCCCUCGGGCUCGUUCGCUAAAGUCCCGGCUACAUUCGUGGCCAGCCUCUCUUUCUUGUUGGUUACGCUGUGCCCUCGUACCAGAAUACGACAACAGCUAAGAGGGCGGGUGCGAGUGCAUUUUUUUCUGCUAUUAGUGUUUAAUUUUCCAUUCCUCUCGCUUGUCCCUCUUUUCUUUGUUUCAUCAUCAGCCUCUACCACUGCGGUAUCAGGGAGCACCACGCCGCGAAAGAUAUCACCAACAUGUCAGACUCACCACCGUCGGGAGGCCCUGGUGGCCCAGGAGGCCCUGGAUCCGGCGGUCCACAGCAACCUUCAUCGCCGCCGUACCUCCCAUCAUAUGCCAUUCUGGGUGGUAACCCUACAGUUCCGGUGGAUGUGCCUAUAUCAACAGUUUUCAUGGCAAUAUUCAUUGCUGCAGCAGCUGUUCAUAUGGGUGUUUUCCGAGCAAAUAUCAAACGCGACCACAAAUUCGUCUUUUCCGCCCUUCUCUUCGUAUUCUGUCUCGCCCGAGUUUUCGCCCUCAUCACUCGAAUUCUGUGGGCCGUAUACCCCAACAACUUGAACGUCGCCGUAGCUUCGAACGUGCUCGUGGCGGCCGGCGUUGUUCUCUUGUUCUUGGUGAACCUCAUCUUCACCCAGCGAAUCGUCCGAUCGUACCAUCCGUCAUUCGGCUGGCACAAGAUUACUAACGGAGCCUUCAUCGCCACUUUCUCUCUGGUCAUUGCGCUCCUGAUCAUGCUCAUCACGGCGACUGUUCACUCAUUCUUCACCCUCGAUUCCGAAGUUCGAGCUAAUGAUCGCAUCGUGCAACUGGUCGGCGCGACACUGCUAGCUCUGCUGGCAUUCUUGCCUUUCCCCAUCGUUGUCCUGGCCAUCAUGUGGCCGUACCGAGAGUCGGGUCCCGAGAAAUUCGGUUACGGCAGCCUGCGAGCACAGGUCUUCCUCGUGUUGACCACUUCGUUGUUGUUGACAGUCGGCGCCGGCUUCCGCACGGGCGUUGCCUUCGACCCACGCCCAUUAAGGGAGCCCACAUGGUUUCUCAGCAAACCGUGCUUCUAUGUAUUCAAUUUUGGCAUUGAAGUUAUCGUCGUCAUAAUCUAUGCUGCGGCCAGGGUCGACCGCCGUUUCUGGGUUGGAGACGGCAGCAAGGCACCCGGUGACUACAUCGCUUCGCGCCGUGCCAGUAUGCUCCCGGUCUACCGGGAACAGAACAGGCGCGAGAGCAUGCUUCCUGGCAUGAUGCAGCCGCCACCCGGUAUUGCAUCGGGACGGGCAUCUCGUGCACGGUCUACGUUCGCCGACCACAUCCCGGAGCUGGAGGGAAUAGGAUCGGGGUCGGAUGCGCCAUUCACCUCGGCUUCGGACGGCCCGUCUGUCCGUUCGCGUGAAAUCGAGUGGGAGAAACGUGCUCAGACUGAGAUGGAGAAACGCAUCAGCGAUGGAGACCUCCAAGCCUCCGGGAGACGUAGCACAGGCGACACUGGGGACGAUCUCCCGGAGCGCACGCCAGAGAAAGUACCACGAGACGAGUAGGACAACCCAUCUAACCACAUACGGCUUAAGGGCUUCAGGGAUCCUUGAAGUCCGUGUUGCACUUGGCUAGCUGAGGCGGCCCGGAAAAGUGAUAUACCUACGUCUAGGUUUUGGUUUUUGUUUCCUUUUUAUACCUUUUCUUUUGUCGCAUUAAAAAAAAAAUCCAUAGCGUUGCCUCACAGGGCGAGCGUCAGGGAAGCUCAGGUAGUUGACGCUCGACUUCUCCCUUCUACUUUUUGUAAUAGAAAGUCCAGAAGCCAGGCUGAACAGGGGAAAGACCAGUUGUGUCUUGUUCUUUUGCUCUCGGCUCUGGCCUGCUUCAUUUUUCGCUGUGUCGUGGACUCAGAAGUAGCUUAUAAUUAGC